CGUGUGACAAUCAUCGGUAUUUUUCCUGCACCGAGUGCAGUUAAAAAUACAGGUGUUUAUUAUUUAGUUGAAUUUUUGUUAAUCUACAUGCUUCAUUCGUACAAUUCAUCAUGGAUCACAAGGCUGAGCAGCACGACGAGAUCGAGGCACUCGACUCCAUCUAUUCCGGAGAAUUACAGAUUAUAGAAACCGAGCCCCACUACAAAUUCGUUCUGCCGAUAAAAUCCGAAGAAUACGAAUCAGACACUGAGGAUGGUCUAGCUUGUCAGCUGGAGUUCACGUACACCCCGAAGUACCCGGAGGAGCCCUUGCUGAUAAAAAUCGAGAGCCCUGAGAAUUUUGAGAGCUGCAAUGAACAGCAGUUGAUCGACCACUUGAUGGAGCAGAUGCACGAGAAUCUGGGGAUGGUCAUGGUGUUCACGUUGGUGAGCGCAGCCCAGGAGUGGCUCAAUGUCCAGUGGGACAACAUCAAACUCCAGAGGACUGAGAGGGCUGCCAAGAAGUUGGUUGAGGAGGAAGAGGCAGAGAGGAAACGAUUCGAAGGUACGAGAGUAACAGUCGAAACAUUCAUGAACUGGAAGAAGAAAUUUGACGAAGAGAUGGGUCACACCAGACGUCGAGAGCUUGCUCUUCUCCAGGGAAAGAAAUUAACUGGACGCGAGCUCUUCAUGACUGACAAUACCCUGAACCAAUCUGACCUCAAAUUCCUGGACGAUGGAGAUGCAGUCAAAGUCGACGAGAGUCUGUUCCAAAACCUCGACGAUCUCGAUCUCGAUGACAACGACGAUGAUGACCCCGAUUACGAUCCCCUGAAGGACUCUGGAGACAGCAACUAGAUAACGAAUUAGUGGUCCAGUGUGAAAAUUCUGGAAUUGAUUUUCUUUUAUCAAGAUAUUCCCAUCUGUAAUAUAAUUAUCUAUCCAUGUAUGUUUUUAUAGCAAAUCCGCAAUAAUUAUGUAAAUAUUGAAAUUUUUUUGUGUACUACAUUUUUAACUGUUCAUGGAAUUAAAAACUUCUUAUUCAUGAA